ACCCCCGGGAGCUCCGCCAGGCGGGUAAAGGGUAAUGGAGGCUGCCGAGGUGAGGCGCUGGCUGCAGAGCCGCUGCCGGAGCGGGAGGCUGCCCUGAGCCUUCCCCGAACGGGCUCCCGGGAGAACGGUGCCGAGCGACGGCGACUCUCCAUCCGGGUCGGCCGCGCUCGCCGGUGCCCGGCAUGCUGACCGCCUCCCUUGCGCGGGUGCGGGCCUGCCGGGGGUGGCGGCGGAUCGUUGCCGGCGGCUGGGCGCUGCUGGGGCCGGAGCCGUGCCCGGGGUGGCGGCGGAGCAUCGGGACGCAGGGCGGGGGGCUGCGAGCCGAGAAAGCCGGCGGGGAGAGCAAACAAGUGUCUGUGCAGAGGGCCCAGCGAGGGGAGACUCUGCUGUCGGCUGCUCAGCAAGUGAAGGAAGCUGGCAGGGACUUCACCUAUUUCAUCGUGGUGCUUGUUGGAAUUGGUGUUACAGGUGGAUUGUUCUAUGUGAUUUUUAAAGAGCUGUUCUCUUCUUCUAGUCCAAGUAAGAUCUAUGGAGAUGCCUUGGAGAAGUGCAGAUCUCACCCUGAGGUAACUGCUGUGUUUGGUGAAUACAUCAAAGGUUAUGGGGAGGCAACAAGAAGAGGAAGACGCCAGCUGGUCAGCCACGUGGAGUACAUCAAGGAUGGGCUCAGGCACAUGCGCCUGAGGUUCUACAUCGAGGGCUCCGACGGCAAGCGAGGAACAGUCCACGUGGAAGUCAAAGAGAGCGCCGAGGGAGGCCGCCCGGAGGUGCGCUACAUCGUCGUGGAUGUGGACACCUACCCGAGGAGAACCAUUGUGGUAGAAGACAACAGAGAGCCUCGGGCCAAAGCUGCUGCCUGCCUCGGGUGAUGCUGCUGGGAGCACUCGACAUGAACCCUGGGUGGUGCCAGCUCUGCCUCGUGUCCCCGGGGCUGUGGUAAAGGAAGGACCUUCUCAGGACUCUUCCAGAAUAAUGGAUGCAGGACUGGAAGUGAAGGCAUAAAUUAGAGUAGGGCUGCCAGGAGUGGCAACUUCUCCUGGCUCAUAAUACAGAGUCUAAUGCUCAUGAUGCUUCUGCACACCCAACACUGAGUCUCUCCAGAAUUUGGGCUUGGAUGGAAUGUUUUUUAUCUUCCUUUCCUUGGAUUUCCCACUCAGAUAGCAAUAAAGAAAAUGGUGUUUGAUCUGCAAACAAA